CUCUGAAGUACAGAACUGUUCUCCCAUUCACAGCUGCUGAUUCUUGACCUUGUUUAGUUCUAGGAAGUUGCCUUUGUGUGUCCGCAUGGCCUCGCUGGUGGCAUAUGAUGAUUCUGACUCAGAGCCCGAGCCCGCUGGAAGUGUGAAUGCUGAAGGCCAGCUGAACGAUGCCUCUGGUGUGACCAGACCUUCUGGGAUGGGUUUUGCAUCUGCUACAGUGGAUGUGACAAAAGAGAGGGCACAGCAUACAGGGGACAGUCCUGAUGAAGACCCAGGAGGGCAACGUUUGCCGCUGGCUCGGCUCUGGAGAAGAGACCCGGGGUCUUGUCCCAGCCAGAGGCUGCAGUGGCCCUCAAAGGAACCUGAUACCGCCUUCCCCACCAGUAAGCCUCCUCGUCCUUCUCUGUGGAUGAGCCGAGCUCCAGCCAGCCACGUGCCCCUGGCAGCUACCUGCCUAAAGCCGGUAAAACCUGAUUGGGACACCCUCAGGUCAUCAUCUCAUGCCCAAAGCCAAGUUGAAAGCAUCACUGGAAAUGCCAGCUCUUCACAGAGGAAAAGGGGUGAGGACUGUGUGGUUCCUUAUACCCCCAAGAGACUGAGGCAGCUGCCGGCACCGAAUCCAGAAGCCAGUGGGGCCAAAGACAUAAAGCCCCCAGGACCCCCUGCCGGAUGUGCCCCAGCUCCCCUCUUUGUGCCUCCCACAGCAUCUGAGUUCAUUCAGCCGUAUUUGAACAGUCAGCACAGAGAGACUACGGUCCCCACGAAAGUGCUUUUCCACCUGCGAGGCCACAAGGGCCCUGUGAACAGCAUCCAGUGGUGUCCAGCCUUUUCUAAGAGCCACAUGCUUCUCUCUGCGUCCAUGGAUAAAACAUUCAAGGUGUGGAAUGCUGUGGACUCGGGCCACUGCCUGCAGACCUACUCUGUGCACAGUGAGGCAGUACGGGCUGCGCGGUGGUCUCCCUGUGGCCGGCGCAUCCUCAGUGGUGGCUUCGACUUUGCCCUGCACCUCACAGACCUCGAAACAGGAACCCAAGUGUUUAGUGGUCGGAGUGACUUCAGAAUCACCACCUUGAAAUUUCAUCCAAAAGAUCACAACAUCUUUUUAUGUGGCGGCUUCAGCUCUGAAAUCAAAGCUUGGGAUAUGAGGACUGGCAAGGUGGUGAAAGGCUACAAAGCCACCAUCCAGCAGACCUUGGACAUCCUCUUCCUCCAGGAAGGCUCUGAGUUCCUAAGUAGCACCGACGCAUCCACGCGGGACUCUGCUGACCGAACUAUUAUUGCCUGGGAUUUUCGGACUGCUGCCAAGAUCUCCAACCAGAUUUUCCAUGAGAGAUACACCUGCCCCAGCCUAGCCUUGCAUCCCAGGGAGCCUGUGUUCCUGGCACAAACCAAUGGCAACUACCUGGCUCUCUUCUCCUCUGUCUGGCCCUACCGGAUGAGCAGACGGCGACGCUAUGAAGGCCACAAGGUGGAAGGCUACGCGGUGGGCUGUGAGUGCUCUCCAUGUGGUGACCUGCUGGUGACAGGCAGCGCCGAUGGCCGGGUCCUGAUGUUCAGCUUCCGCACAGCCAGACGGGCGUGCACACUACAAGGGCACACGCAGGCCUGCCUUGGCACCACCUACCAUCCUGUGCUGCCUUCCGUCCUUGGCACCUGCUCCUGGGGAGGAGACAUCAAGAUCUGGCACUAGCUGGAAAUGAAAAUCUGCCCCUGGGCAGGUGACACGGAAGUUGGCUGGCAGUUAAGCCAGCGCUGAGGCCGCUGCCGCUGCCUGCUGAGCCACACUGAGGCAUCUGUAAAAUGGGGUUGAGAAGCUGUCUCGGUGUGUGAGGGCUGCGUUAGUAAAGUCAUUUGCCAAGUGGCUGAUGAUGCCCAUUUAAUACAGAGUGUUCUGUAGUUUUUCUUAAUUUGCUUUUGGCAACAAACACAUUAUUAGCAGUGUCCCCUUGCCUUCUCACGGCAGGUAGGGGAGCUUGGGAUGGGAAUAUCACCUGCUGCUCCUGAGAUAGUGGGGGCUCGGGCUCUGUGCAGGAGUUCCACAGGGCCCCACCCACUCACCUGCUCCCAUUAGACACUAAAAGCUGUGUUUCUGCUCCACCCAUCUCUGGUCUCCUACCUACCCUACUGCUUGCCCACUGCCAGAUAAGGUGGUCUGUGCUGGCCACAGCUGCAUGUCUAUCCUGGAAGGCUUGGUGAGGAGAAACAGGGUCCUCGAAGCU